GGAGACAGCGAGAAAGAGGCAAUGAGAACAUUCACUUUCUGUCUGUGUGAUAGUCAUCCCAAUCUUAUUAAGCUCUGCGUUCCUUUCCCGCUGUCCUCUCUGCAGCUUGAGUGAGUGAGAGUGUGUGUGCUGUAGCCAGAGGGAAGCUGCUGCUCUGCUGAUAGGAACCAGUACGAAGGCCUGUUCUCUCACACACACACUGAAUUACUCUGCGUCUCUUCUCUCUCCUUUUAUUCCUCCUUUCACUCGCUUUACUGCACUCCUCGAUCUCACUGUACCAGAUGAAAAUGUCAGGAGAGGCAGAAACUCUGUCAAACGGGUCGGAGAAAUCUGACCUGUCAGUGGCUCUUCAAGACUGCAUGGUGGCAUUGGAUCUGUUCCUGCGAAAUGAAUUCGAUGAGGCUUUGACCAGACUUAAGAGCAGGAAUAAAGACAGCAUGUAUCAUGCGCUUACGUAUGGCACAAUACUGGAAAUGCAGGCCAUGAUGACCUUCGACCCGGAGGACAUAUUGGCUGCAGGCAACACAAUGAAAGAGGCACAGGCUGUGUGUCAACGAUACCGUAAAAAGUCUACCUUCAACAGCAAAACCUUUACAGAAGAGGAGCUCCACGCUGAAGUGUGCUAUGCCGAAUGCCUCCUCCAGAGGGCAGCACUCACCUUCCUGCAGGAUGAAAAUAUGAUUAGCUUCAUAAAGGGAGGAAUGAAAGUGAGAAACAGCUAUCAAAUAUACAAGGAACUACAUACGGUCCUGAAGUCCUCAAGUUAUGUUCAAGGUGACAAUCAUGGUCAUUUUGAGGGAGGUGUUAAGCUCGGGGUCGGGGCCUUUAACCUGAUGCUGUCGUUAUUGCCAACACGGACUCUCAGGCUGUUGGAAUUUGUGGGCUUCUCUGGUAACAAAGAGUUUGGUCUUGAGCAGCUCCAGGAGGGCUCUGCUGAGCACACAUUUAGGUCUUUCCUGUGUAACAUGUUGUUGCUUUGCUAUCACACCUUCAUGAGCUUCAUUUUAGGCACUGGAGAGGGAGAUGUAGAAGAUGCAGAAAAACUGCUGCAGCCUUAUCUGAAAAAGUAUCCGAAGGGAUCCAUUUUCCUGUUCUUCGCUGGUCGAAUAGAGGAAAUUAAAGGAAAUCUGGAUACUGCUAUCAAGCGUUUCGAGGAGUGUUGUGAAGCUCAGCAGCACUGGAAGCAGUUCCAUCACAUGUGUUACUGGGAACUGAUGUGGUGUUUCACCUAUAAAAGGCACUGGAAGAUGGCCUACUUCUAUGCAGACCUGCUCAGCAAAGAGAACGCCUGGUCUAAGGCCACAUAUGCGUAUAUGAAAGCUGCUUACCUCAGCAUGCUGAGUCGUGAGGAAUGCCAGCCAUUCGGGGAGAAUGAGGUGGCUUUGUUUAGGCAAGUUCCCAGUCUGAAGCAGAAAAUAGCUGGGAAGUCACUGCCCACAGAGAAGUUUGCCAUCAGAAAAGCUCGCCGCUAUAAUACAGAUAAUGCCAUUCCUCUUCCUGCACCUCCAUUGGAGAUGAUGUAUAUCUGGAAUGGCUACACUGUGAUUGGGAAGCACAAGGACCUGACAGAGGGCAUGCUGAAAACACUGGACGAGGCCCAGCAGACGCUUGAACAACAUCCAAGGACCGAGUUCACCACAGAUGACCAGUGUGUGGUUAGUCUGCUUAAGGGGCUCUGUCUCAAACACUUGGGUUCCAAGGAAGAAGCUGAACAUUACUUCACCCUCGUCCUCUGCAAUGAGAGUCAGAUUAAAUAUGACCACUAUCUGGUGCCCAAUGCUCUUCUGGAACAUGGUUUACUGUGUUUGGAGGAGGGCAGAAUAGACGAGGCCAUCAAACUUCUGGAGGCAGCCAAGCAAAAUUACAAAAACUACUCCAUGGAAUCACGGACACACUUCCGGAUCCAGGCAGCACUACAUAAGGCACGAGGCACAGCUGCGAACGGAGAAUGCUCACCCUCCAGACCUUAACGGUUGGGGUCAUCGCUGGGGUCACAGCAAGCUAAGAUCAGGCUUGACGUGGGUUGCCAUAUGCCAAGAGGAGGACUAAAGGGGCACAUGACCAAUCAGACCCGAACUGAGCUUAUAGUGACAAAUCAUCUUCAUUGAAUGACACGCACCGAGAUUAUACAGUACAUGGUCAACAGCUGCAUGAAUAAUGUUACGUGAGAACACAGAAGUGACAUCAUGCUGUUAUGAUGUCAUAUAAAUAACAUUGUGCUUUUAGAAUAUUGUAAAUGUACCAUAUGAAUAAUACUAAUAUAAUAAAAGUUACAUCAGUCCAAUAAUAUUAUACUGGUACAUCAGGCUAAGAACGUUGUCACUCAGAACAAAAGUAAGGUCAUCUGUCAAUCAUUUUGGCUGCUUUCGAAGCUCUUGUUGGUAAUGCUCUCCACUGUUGGUCACCCUGUGACAUCAGUAGCCUAGAUAUGUCUGUGCCUUACGGCUAGAUUUGGAUUUAAAGCACAUGUGCACAAAUAUUAGUUUACUUUUAAUCCUUGGAGUAUAAAUAGGUUAUGAAAUUAAGCCUAUUGUCCGGAGGUGAUAUGAUGAACGUAAGUUUUGAUAUCAUGGGCUACUCUUUGGUUAGAGUACUGUGGCCUUGUCAAAUCUCAUGGACAGGAUUCCUGUUUAAGCUUAAUUUGUAUCAUAUAACAUUAUCUUUGUGUUUCCGUGUACAUAAUUAGUCUGUUUUAGCAAUGUGUUAAAAAGACAGAAAACAAGCAUCUUCGUAACAGCAAAAAAGGACUAUCCGAAUGUAAACUGGAAGUUUUGUGGGUUUACUUUCUUUUUUAGUAUUUAUUCACUGUUAUGGCGCCUUUCAAAAUUGUCCCGUUUUAAGUGGGCAGCUGAAUGUGUCUUUUAGAAAGGCAGUCUCCUUCAUGUGGACUUGGUCCAGAUCGUACUUGAGCUCAAACAAACAAGUCUUUUAGAUACAUGCAGGACAGGCUGGAAUGCCAGCUCCAGCCAACGUGAGGGAUGCAUUGACAACCACUACAGCCUUGCACUACGAAGAGAAAGAAAAUUUGAGCUGGUUCAGGACAGAGGAUUGUACUUUGUUCAAUAUAUGAAUGCUACUUCAUAGAGCUUUUCCCUGUAGUCUGGAGUUCAACCUACUAAACAUAACUGCAGUGUAUUUUCAGAUUUAGUUCUAAUCAGACAGUCCUGCACUUCAAGGCUUGUGUGUUUUAUAGUAAUUUACCCCAGAUUAGUUGAAAUGUGUCCAUGGAUUUUUGUUCUUCUGCAAUGUAAUCUGUAUAGUGCCUGUUUUAUGAGAUCCAGUUCUACCAAAGUCAAAUUUACAUUAAGCUAAAACAAUCAUCUGCUCAUGCUGUGUUUGCUCAGAAAUUUCACAGGCAAUUUGUAACAUGCUGUGUUUCAAAUGUGGCAAAACAUAAUGUUUGAAAACGAGUGAUAUAUGGGUUUUUCAUUGUAAUGGCUUUUGUUUCUCCCUCAUUGAAAUUCUUCCUGAUUUAGAUUGAUUUUACAGGCUUUGGGCUAUAGAGGUCAGCAAAUCCUGUGUAUGGUGCAUGGCUACUGUGUAAACACAUUCAUGUAAAUACUGAACUUACAUUUUCUAAUUUAAAAUUAAAUGAUAUGAUAGC